GUAAAGUCAGCUUGGUGACGCUCUCUCACUGUACAGGAGGGCUGGAGAUAAAAAAGACCCACACUCCUCCCACUAUCCAGUCCAUUGAAUUAUUUUGCCGGUGUAACAAGGAGACACGCUUUACCUAUAGAGCGGAGGAAAAAAAACAAAAAACAACAACAACCUAGAGGACGAAGUGAGUGAAAAUAUGAUACGGUUCUUCUUUUCGCUACACCGACACCACUGACACCGUCCGCACUCACCCGGCUCGUUUCUCUUUUGUUUUCGGUGUAAAACUUCGGCUCUGUCAGCAUUUACCGGCCACCCACCUCUCGUACGUUACCUUUGACACGGGCUGUCCCCGGGAGUGGGGAGGGUCGGGGGUGAGAAAAAGAAAGAAAAGCCUCAACUUGACGUCGGAAAGCUAACUCUGAAAUCAAAGAAAAGUGGUAGCAGCCCUCAGACAGUAUCCUUCGUAGUCAGUGGGAUGUUAGAGCUCUGGAAGCAGGACUGACUGAAGGAGCAUGGUGAAACACCAACCCCUCCAAGUCUAUGAGCGCCAGCUGUGUUUGUCAUGUAUCACUGGGAUCUACGGUUGCCGCUGGAAACGCUAUCAACGUUCCCAUGAUGACACCACCAAGUGGGAGCUACUGUGGUCCCUCAUCCUCCUCUUUACCUUCUGUCUGCUGCUGGUCUGGUUCUACUUCUGGUGGGAGGCUCAUAACGACUACAACGAGUUCAACUGGUUCCUCUACAACCGCUCUGGGGAGUGGAGUGAUGGCACUGUUCCCAUCCUGGCCACCACCGCUGCUGGCUUCACCUACAUUGCAUUUUUAAUGAUAGGGGUGACUGCUGCUCUGCUCACCACCAUUGUUGGGGUGAUAUCUAUCAAUCAAACAUGGGGACAAGAAUGGGAUGUCGUCCCCAUCUCCUUGCAGGCCACAGGUCCGUUCCUGCACAUCGGGGCUCUCGCUGCGGUCACGGCGCUGUCUUGGAUUGUGGCUGGACAGGUUGCCCGUGCAGAAAAAACUAAGUUCCAGGUGGUGGUCAUGCUGCUGUAUCUCAGUGUGUUACUGGGCCUUUACCUGGUGCCCUUGUACAUCAGUUCCCCAUGCAUCAUGGACCCUAGCACCCUCAAACCACGCCCCACUGUUAUUGGUCACCAGGGAGCCCCCAUGCUUGCUCCAGAGAACACACUAUGGUCCUUCCAGCGAGCUCUGCAGAUGAACGUCACUGGGUUGGAGGCUGACGUAGCUAUCAGUGUAGACGGAGUGCCUUUCCUGAUGCACGACCGCACCCUCCGGAGGACCACUGACAUAGUGAAAAUUUUCCCAGACAGACAGACGGACGACGCUUCAUUCUUCAACUGGACAGAUCUGCAGCAGCUCAACGCAGGACAGUGGUUCCUCAAGGAUGACCCCUUCUGGACGUUGCACAGCCUGUCCCGGCGAGAGAAGGAUCUGAUCGCCAACCAGAGUGUGUGCAGUCUGGAGCAGCUCCUAAAGCUGGCCUCCUAUCACAAUAGCACAGUGGUCUUCAGGCUGAGGAGACCUCCUCUGGAGCACCCCUGUUACCACAGCUGGAUCAAUGAUACGCUGCAGGCUGUGCAGCAGUCGGGGGUUCCUCAGAGCCUGGUGAUGUGGACUCCAGAUGAGCACAGAGCUCAGGUGAGACAGCUGGCACCUGGUCUGAUCCAGACCUCAGUGGAGAAACUGAGUCCUCAAAGCCUCGAAGAGUACGGCAUCAGCAGGCUGCUGCUCAGAUACAACCAGGCCAGCCCACAGGAAAUCAGAAACUUCACCCAUAGCGACAUCAACCUCACACUCUACACUGUCAACGAGCCCUGGCUGUACUCGGUGCUCUGGUGCAGCGAGGUGUCGUCUGUCUCCUCUGAGGCCCCGCAAAUCCUCAAAAAGGUGCCUUACCCCAUCUGGCUCAUGAGCCCAGAUGAAUACCGCCUGAUGUGGGUGUCUGCAGACCUCAUCUCCUUUGCUGUAGUAAUAGGAAUAUUCAUUUUCCAGAAGUAUCGGAUGAGCGGCAUGCGCAGCUACAACCCUGAACAGAUCAUGCUGAGCGCUGCAGUCAGGAGGUCGAGCAGAGACAUCAACGUCAUGAAGGAGAAACUUAUCUUCUCUGAGGUGGGGAAUGGAGUUGGCGGUGCUGAUGAGCUGUAUGGGGACACUGGCUACAACUACUACACCAAUCAGGGCAUCAGCCAGUGAUUGAGCCCGUGAGAAUCCGCGGUAGCGAGACGGAGACGACAAGCAUCCAGAUAUCGUGAAAGUCUGUCCAGCGGAUGAACUGACAGACCGCUCUUCUCUAAUGGAGAGAACAACCACCCAGUUGCUUUGUGUACAUUCUGUAAAUAGUGUUUGUGUUUUGCUUGGUAGACAUACUGUAUAUCACAUGGGACUACAAGCACUUUUUAUUGAUGGAAAUCAUUCGCCAAAGCUGCAGCCUCCUCUCACACAUCUAAAUGUCCCAGAGUGCCCCCCCUCCCCACCACCACCACCACCACCGCCCCUCCCUGCUUCUUUUUAAACACAAGAUUCCAGAUUCUUUAUUUUAAGCUAAUUUUCCAAAGCAGUUACUUCUUUUUAAGCACUGUAAAUGAAAUUCUUCUCUUAGCAGAUGAAUGCCUUUUUUUUUUUUUUAAACUAGGCUUUAUUCCAGCAUGAGAUAAAACGCUUAUAUGCUCCUGCCUUCUGUCAGCACUCCACUGUGCUGUUGUUCAUAAUAGUACUAACAUGAAUAUUUAUAUUUAAAAACAAAAACAAAAAAUGUAUACAAGCUGUUUACAGAAGUCCUGCCUUCUCCUCCAAGUGAAAUAUUCACAUGGUGUAUGUAAGAUAAUUAUUUUGAUAGAGGCUGAACGCCCCCAACCCCCCUCCCCCCGCCCUACUUCUGACCGGUGCAUGUGACAGGUAUGAUCAUAUCAACUGACUUGUGUGAGCUGUGCUCCCAGUGCAACCAGAAGAACUUGUGAAAAUGUUUUUUUUUUUUUUUUUGGGGGUGGGGGU